UAUAGGGCUCUGGUCAAUAGUAAUGCACUACUUUUGACCAGGAUCUAUAGGGCUCUGGUCAAAAGUAGUGCACUAUGUGGGGAAUAGGGUGUAAUUUGGGACAAAGCAUCUGUGUUGUGGGAGUAUGAUGAGGGUGUAUUGUGGAUGCACAGGUGACGUCUUUAUAAACAGUGAGAGGGUAUAGGAAAAACCAUAAGUAGUUGUUUCUCCCUGAGACAGACAGACAGACGCUCGUCUCCAGACUCUACAGAACACAGUUGUCUUCCCUCCACGGAUCAAGCCCUAUCUGACUGAGAGACAUGUCCUCCUCCUCUCUUCUGUGGUGCCUGCUGGUGGUGUGUGUUCUGACUGUGGUCCAGAUCUAUGCAGCAGAGGAACGUAAGGUCCUCAAGGUGUUCAACCUCAGAGCCAGUGACCUGGACAGCGACCUACUAGGGAUUCCUGAUGCCUACGUCGAGGUGUUCAGAGCUUACGGCUUUCUCGGGAGGACAGAGGUGAAGAACAACAACGCUGACCCCGCCUGGGAGGAGGAGUUCAGCUUCCUCAACGCCCAUGAGAACAACACCUUGAGGUUGGAGGUGUACGACAGCGACAUUUUCUUUGACGACCUGCUGGGGACCUGCGAGUGCUCCAUCAAGAUCGGAACUUGGCAGCAUCAAUGUUUCCUCAAGACAGGCGGGACCCUGUACUACUCCUACAUCCUAGAGCCUCUACAAUAGACCCUGUACAAUUCCUACACCCUUACAGUAGACCCUGUACUGCUCCUACACCCUAGAGCCUCUACAAUAUACCCUGUACUACUCCUACUCCCUAGAGCCCCUACAGUAGACCCUGUACUACUCCUACACCCUAGAGCCUCUACAGUAGACCCUAUACUACUCCUACACCCUAGAGCCCCUACAGUAGACCCUAUACUACUCCUACUCCCUAGAGCCCCUACAGUAGACCCUGUACUACUCCUACUCCCUAGAGCCCCUACAGUAGACCCUGUAUUACUGCUACACCCUAGAGCCCCUAGCCUAGAGUAGAUCCCCCUCCAUCAACUACUGUAAUCCAACAAUACUCAGCUAGAGUAGCUAGACCUCCUCCUCCCUUGUCUGACCCCUCAUCUGUUACAUGGCUUUCUCAUUCCAAAUCAAACCAAACCUUAUUGAAGCCAGCAGCCACCAUAUUGGUUCUCCUCAUAAAGAGCAGUCCUCCAUAGGAUGUCACGGACAAAAUUACAUGUAUUUAAGUCUUUCUUUGUUGUAGUGGGGACAGUAACAUUGGUACUUUUUAGAAAGGCUACUUUAUUAUACUUUAAAAGUAUGCAUUAAGGCAUCUAUAAUAGAUUAUACUUGGCAAAAACAAAUGUUGACGAUAAUAAAUGCAUUUCUAUAUAUUCCCAAAUUGUUUUAACAACGGUAAAGGAGUUGAAUGGUGAAGGAGUUGAAUGGCUGCGCAGUGACUUCCAAACAGUGGCCAAUGUUCGUCAUCUAGGGUUUUUAUACACAUCAUUGAUUCCUACACCCUCAACUAGAGAGUAUGCCUGCUCUUACCAACAACAACAACAUCUGGCCCCCAUCUAACCCCUCUCCUCUGACAUGGAUUUCUUGUUCUCCUCAAACUGAGCUGAAAAACCGUCCUCCCCCUGACCUCAUCCUCAGGCUCAUCAUAACAGAGUAGAUUCUAGAACAUUGAGCAGUACAAAACUCCACCUCCCCCCAACAGUUAGUUCAUUGUAAUUAGUGUCUACACUGACAUCUCUCUCUCAGUCUCCCACCUUGUGUAUUUGAAGUUUGACUCAGUUAUAUGACCCAGAUCUGGUUGUCCCACUGUAGUUACAGGGUAGGUCAUCUAAAGUUUUACAAGUACCGUGUCUAUUUACCUUAUGAACUGCAGUAGUGAAUGAGUUAACCUCUGUCACUCACUGGUGUCUGGACUGCUGUCACUGUGUCUGGACUGCUGUCACUAUGUCUGGACUGCUGUCACUGUGUCUGGACUGCUGUCACUGUGUCUGGACUGCUGUCACGGUGUCUGGACUGCUGUCACUGUGUCUGGACUGCUGUCACUGUGUCUGGACCGCUGUCACUGUGUCUGGACUGCUGUCACUGUGUCUGGACUGCUGUCACUGUGUCUGGACUGCUGUCACUGUGUCUGGACCGCUGUCACUUUGUCUGGACCGCUGUCACUGUGUCUGGACCGCUGUCACUGUGUCUGGACUGCUGUCACUGUGUCUGGACUGCUGUCACUGUGUCUGGACCGCUGUCACUGUGUCUGGACUGCUGUCACUGUGUCUGGACCGCUGUCACUGUGUCUGGACCGCUGUCACUGUGUCUGGACUGCUCUGGUCCUCACUUUAGUAUGACAUCAAUGAAUACAAAUCUUGUUUCCCUGCACAAUGGUCUCAGUCUGGCUCUCUCUAGUUCUUCAUUGAAAUACUAAAUUACCAUACUCAUGUUAUAUAAAUAAAAGCUAGCCUACAAUUUGACAAGGAGGCUUACAUCUUUUCAAUCAUAGUCUAUUACCAUGUUUAGUGUGGAGACCAGUCUUUGGCCACAAAUUGUCAAUAAAACAUUGGAAUUAUGAUAUCAA